CCAAUCUCACUCACAGCUUAGAGCUCUUUUCUUCCUAUCGACAUACGAAUGCUUGCUGCCCUCGCCCAACAACAUGCCAGACAACAUCACCACAUCUCCGAAACAACCGUCGAGAACCGAUGGUCAGUCGACAACUGCCCCCGCGCCAACUCCUAAACAACCAAGUAACGCGGGGAGAAAACGGCGUUCCUGUCUUUUGUGUAGCAAACGAAAGGUCAAGUGCGACAAGCAGAAGCCAUGUCGGAAUUGCGUCAAGUACGGAGGCGAAUGCUCAUUUCCGGCCGCCAAGGCAAACCAUACGCAGAUGGUAAUGACCCCCGAGCUCGUGGAAAUGAUUCAAAGACUAGAGAAGGUAGUUCAAACGCUGGAGCCGAAAGACGGAGACAGACAAGAGCCUGUACCACCUGAGCAAACCAACAGCCACAACGAUGACGGUGAUCAAGAACGUCUUCAGUACCCGCUCCCAUCCCCCAUGGUGGAAGAUAUCGACGCGACGGAAUUGGGUUCCUUCGACCCUGCCAUGGUCACGGAUGUCCAAAAUGGUCCCUCGGACUUGUCCAAUACUGAAGGAUCAAGUGUAGUAUUACCAAACCACAGAGGCAGUGACGGCAGGAUUAUUCGUGAUGCCGGGAAAGACACUUAUGUGAGAAGAUGGUUUUGGGAGGAUUGCAAUAGUGAAAUCAGCAGCGGCUCUGCAACAGACGAAGAUCGAUCAGACGACGAUGACUUUGAAGAUCCCGUGUCCAAUACUUUCGCUAAUUUGUGCGCAAAGAAGCCGGGAGGUUUUGGGUCCGACGAUGAAACUCCGCUUGCAAAGAGAAGAAUUCUUUCUAUCCUCGGCGCUCAAAAGUUACACUUGUGGGGUAUUUACAAAGAGAGAGUUGAGCCACUGACCAAGUUGCUUCAUCUGCCGUCGCUCGAGCAAGCAGUGACCGGGCAUCGUUUAUUGGACUUCGAAGACGGAACCCGAUGCAUCAUGUUAUCAGUCUACUACGGUGCCGUGACAAGCCUAGGCGAAGAAGAAUGCGGACAACUGUUUCAAAGCGGCCAAACUCGAGUCUUGGCAGUCUUGCGAGACGAGGUGGAAGCAAUGCUUUCAAAGGCCAUGCUUAUCCAUACCGGGGAUAUCCAACCAUUGCAGGCACUGGUCUUGUACCUCAUCUUCCUGCGACAUCAUGAGCCCCGACUCUCCUGGAACUUUUCUGGGUUAGCUGUUAGACUCGCUCAAAAUUUUGGCAUCCAUAGAGAGGGCAGCCUGUUCGGACUCUCGACAUUCGAUAUUGAAAUGCGGCGCCGACUUUGGUGGCAAAUUGCAGUACUCGACGCACCUUCUGCGGAGGACUACUCGGGUGAAUACAACCUACUUGAGAUGAGUAGUUUCGACAGCCAACCACCGCGGAAUCUCAACGAUGCACAGCUGUAUCCGGCAAUGCUCGAGUAUCCACCAGAGACGAGAGGCAUUACUGAGAUGACGUUUACACUAGCCCGAUGCCAAAUCACGAACAUGUACCGUUGCAUGGCAGAUUCAAGAAAACACUGUGGAAACAUGAGGAAAAGCUACGCGGAACUAUCUCGUCAGGAGCGAUCAGACUGGAUCGAUUCCUGUGAACACGAAUUUUCUCAAAGAUUCUUUCAAGACUACUCUUCGACGAAUGCUUUGCAUUGGGUAACCAUUGUCCUCACGAGGAUGCUAUUUCACAAGGUUAGACUCCAUGGAUGCAAUCCACAUGACGAGUCGGGGGCCUUAACCGAGGCAACCCGAAAGCGACUAUUCGCUGUCGCCGUUGAAGUCAUCGAGCUUAAUUGCAAGCUCCGGACCGAUCCCAGAACCCGUCCAUGGCUUUGGCUGUUUAGUUCAUAUACUCAGUGGCAUGCAUUCUCGCUAGUUUUACACUGGCUUCGAACAGAUCCUUUGUGUAAGGGGUCCCGCCGGGCAUGGCAAGCAAUCGAGAAGACCAUUGUGCUCAGAUGGGAGCAUCCUCCCUCACUACUGAGUGGGCAAAAGCCGCAACAAUGGCGGUCUGUUCUCAGACAGUUGGGAAAGGCAAGGUCUGCUCGACAAGAAGCUGUGGACAAGAGAGGCAGAAGGGGCUCCCAUACGGCUUCGGAAAGAAAUGGGCAAGCCUCGGCAUCUUCACUGGCCUCGACGACGUGUCAUGCUCCAUCUUCUUCGAGAACUUCCUUCGCACAGCCUGCCGGUCCAUACAGUUCCCUGUCAUCAAGUAGCUCCCGGCAUCAAAAUCGGGAGCAGGCUCCAGAUGUUUGUCCAAAAAAGCCACCAGGUCCUUUGACACCCCCAACCACCACUACGGACAUCUCCCUGCAGCAAAAUCCGAGAACACCAGGACAGGGAGAUCCGCAGAAUACAAACAGGAUGAACAGCUAUCAGUUCGACGAGAUCACGGAUUUGUUGCCGCAUCCCGGCCUCAUGAUGAUCGAUGAUACGUUUUCGGCUGAAGAAUUCCAAGACCUUCAGGACUUCUCUUUUAUGGAAGAUUAUUCUCUAGAUUAA